CACUUGACGUAACUUGGAGGCCAAGUUUUGUUUUCAAUUUCAAUCGUGAAUAGCCGAAAAUUGUUUCGAAACCGGUUUCUGUGAAUAAAGUCUUUGGCAAACUGCAGCGGCAUCAACACCACUGAGCCGAAACUAAAAGUUAUUAAGCAUACAUAUGAACGCGUUCGGUAAAAGAAAGUUUUGACGCAAUAGUAUUGCCGUUACUUGUAAUUUGUAAUGAAGAAGCGUCGUCGUCGAGCGACCGCUCAACUGAACAGUAAGCGCUGCACUCUGGCAGCGGACAGUCGACUUUGUUGUUGACAUAUGUACAUAUGUACAGUGAAUAUUUGUAAUUUUUGUUGAGCAUCACCUUUAGCAUCAGUGGAAUACCAACGAAAAAAGUGAAAUCGCUGAUAAAGACAAGACUCCGUUGACUGAAUGAAUUUGUAUAGCCUAGUCUAUUUCGAGAUAUUGUCGACUACAACAACAUCGGGAAGUGGAACUCGCUCCACUGGGCAUGACACAUGACACCAUAAAUGCCAUUGAAGACGCAGCCGCAGCAAUAAAAGUGAAAUCAGCACGAAUACCAACACACACACAAGCACAAGUACACAAAGUUAUACUCAAGCAGAGGCAUUAACAUCGGUACAGACAGUUGAAAAGACAACAAGCGAUAUGACGCCAGCGGUAACAAGCACCACUGGCGCCGCCCCAGCGUCUGCCACGCCCACAUCCACACCGGUCAGUCCACGUCGCACACACAGCACCAGGGAGCAACUGCAACAGAUUGUGGCCGGCGGUAUGUCGGCAGCGAUAACGCGUUCCACCUGCCAACCCUUGGAUGUGCUCAAGAUACGCUUCCAGCUGCAGGUCGAGCCACUGGGAAGCAAAACUCAAAAGCUGACGCUGCAGCCAGCCGGACAUAUUGUCAGCAGUCCAGCGGUCUUGCAGUCCUCCAAAUACACAUCCAUAAAUCAGGCUGUGCGUACCAUUUAUCGCGAGGAGGGUCUACUGGCCUUCUGGAAGGGUCACAAUCCCGCCCAGGUACUAAGCAUUAUGUACGGCAUCUGUCAGUUCUGGACGUAUGAACAACUAAGCCUGCUGGCUAAACAGACUCACUACCUCAAGGAUCACACGCAUCUAUCGAAUUUCAUAUGUGGCGCCGCAGCUGGCGCUGCUGCAGUAAUCAUUUCCACACCGCUGGAUGUGAUACGCACACGCCUCAUUGCGCAGGAUACCAGCAAAGGAUAUCGUAAUGCAACACGCGCAGUCACAGCCAUUGUGCGGCAGGAGGGACCCCGUGGAAUGUACCGUGGAUUAUCCUCGGCUCUAUUGCAGAUUGCUCCGUUGAUGGGCACCAACUUUAUGGCAUAUCGCCUGUUCAGCGAAUCGGCGUGCACGUUCUUCGAGGUGGAAGAUCGCAGCAAGUUGCCAACAUGGACGCUUUUGGUGCUUGGCGCCUCAUCAGGAAUGUUGUCCAAGACAAUUGUGUAUCCGUUUGAUCUAAUCAAGAAACGUCUACAAAUUCAAGGAUUUGAGCGAAAUCGUCAGACCUUUGGACAAACCCUUCAAUGCAACGGCGUUUGGGACUGUCUGCAGCAGACGGUGCGGCAGGAGGGAGUACGUGGUCUUUAUAAAGGCGUUGCUCCCACGCUCCUCAAGUCCAGUCUGACGACGGCCUUGUAUUUUAGCAUUUAUGAUAAGCUCAAACAGGUGCGCUUCUAGUGCAAAGUGAAUCCAUUGUCUAUAUAGCACUUAAGUAGGGGAAAAGUUGACACCACAGAAUCUAUUUUUUAUAUGCAAAUUUACAACGCAACAAUUUAAAUGAUAUUAAGGCUAGUUUAUCUGUUAAUUAGUUGUCGUUUCGAGUACGGGUUUGUUUUAUAUUAAUUUGUAUCUUAUUCUAUUAAGUUAUUCAUAAACGAUACGGAAAU